AUGACGUACGCAAGAUCCAAGCAGGGAGCCGAUGAGAAAACAGUAGCAGAAUCCAUGGGGAUUAAAGAAUCAUCCCGAAGUGAUCCUCUUUCUCUCAAAGACGACAAUGUCACCGACUUCAUUGAAGCAAUCAAUCUUGAAGAGGGCGCAGUGGACCCUCCUGAUGAACACUAUACUGGAACACAAGGAGCGACUCCUGAAGAAAGGCUAGACCAAUUUACGAAAUUCAAGAAGGAACCCACAGAAUCUGGUACGCAAAAACCUGUUGAAUCUACUAGUGCCCAGAAGGAGAACCCUGAGGAACCUGGUAGUAAGCAAUCUGAUGGUAAAUCUUCUGAGAAAGGGGUCCAUAAGGAACCUGUUAGGAAGGGUCUGGCAAAGGCUUUGAAGUAUGUUAGGGAAAGAGGGUGGCUUCAAGAUGAGGAGGAGGAGAUCAGGGGAAGGAAAAUGAGGGAAAAGUUUCGUACUUUCUGGUACAAGUUUCAUGGUAAAGGUGAAGGCUUUAAGAAGAAGGGGAAUAGAAGGUUGAGAAAUCAGGCCGACCUAAAAUCCAAUUACGGCGAUUCUCAGAUUCGUUCAGCCGAAAACUUGACAAAGUUACUCCUUGAACACAAGUCUCCCCAUCUGGUGCUGUCCAAAAAGCAAAGAAAUCCAGCCAUCUCUGCUCUACCCGUCAACUUGACUCCAAUGCUUGGGGACAAAAAAACAGUAUUUUUUGGGCGAUUUUAA